GACUCUGCCCACAUGGUCAACUCACUAUAAAUCUAUGGUCAACUCCAGCUCAACUCUCUCUCUCUCUCUCUAGCUCCGAGCUCUGUGCUCUGCGAUCCCUCCAUCAAGCAUGCCAAGAGCUAGACAAGCAAGAAAGGCUCCAGCAAAGUCGAAGACAGAAGAAAGCCCAGCACCAGUAGAUCUAGAUACAUCUAUCCCAAAGCGACCUAAACUUCUGAGCUCAGGCAGCCCCAAGGAUGAAGUGACCACCCCUACUAAGAUAGUGGGCUCCAGGAUGAGCCGAGCCAAACAUAGCGGACUGCUGGCUAAAGAUCAGGAGCCAAGAUCUGCCGUAAGCAAGCUCCUUAUGAACACUCAGUCGCUCGCUCUCCUCACCUCUCCAGCGAAUGAAGACGACAUCACUCGAUCCAAAAUAGCCAUGUCCGGCAAAAAGAUGUACUCCUUCACCUCUCAGGCACAGAUGGGAAAGAAAGGACUCACACCAAAAUUGAAAGUGAGAUUCGAAGAUGAAAGUCGAGUGGACUCCCCUACCGUUUCCAAUGGUCAUACUACCUCACUGAUUGCGGCACAUGAAGGAAUACAGUGCAAUCAGAGAGUAAAAAAGAGUGUCCUAGUGGCCAGAAGGAGUGAAUCGGAUGUAAGCUCACCCAAAAAAGAAAUGGACAUUGUCAAAAAGAAAACCCCAGUGCGAACGCUUAGAUCCAAGAAACAAAAAGCCUUAGAAUCGAGUUCUGACGAAGAAGAUGUAUCAAAAACUAAGGCUCCGGCUAGACAGAAGUCCAAGAGGCAAAAACCUUUGGAUACAAGCUCAUCUGAAGAGGAGGCAGAGAUUAAAGAAACGAAGAAAAUUCCCCUUCGAGUCACGCGGAGUUCCAAGAAGCUUGUGUCAGAUUCCGAAAGUGAAGCUUCAGAAUUAAGUGAAGACGAAGAAUUAGCAGCUCUUGCAGCCAAGCUGAAUCGAGGGGAGGUCAUUGGUCCAGCUGAUGAGAAUACAUUGGAAGACUAUUUCACUUCCCAUUCUAGUAAAGCCGGUAUGACUUCAGAUCACACACUAGCAAAACUCGCUUGCCCCAAAAUGGACCAGCGUUCUGUCCAAAAUGCACUGGAAGCAACUUCCUCGACCUAUAGAGAAGAUUCGCAAGCACUUUACAAAGAAUAUACUUAUCUAUCUCCCUACUGGCUCCAUGUACUGGCCAAUGGAUACAAUGUGUUGCUGUAUGGAUUGGGCUCUAAGAAACGACUUUUGGAUGAUUUUCGAAACAAGCAUUUGCAGACGUCUUGUCAUUUUGUUGUCAACGGAUUUUUUCCCGGUCUGACCAUGAAACAAAUUCUGAAUACUCUCAGUUCAGAUUUGCUCAAACAUUCUGGAUCGUUCAAAAGUCUGGUUGAUCAAGUGACUUUUAUUUGCAACGAGCUUGAAGACAGGAAGAAAGCCACUCCCGACCGAGGCCCUCCAAAGAAACUCUUUAUCAUAGUCCACAAUAUUGAUGGUCCCAUGCUUCGAGGAGGCAAUGCUCAAACAGUGCUGAGUCUACUAGCACAAUCACCAGCCAUUCAUAUGUUAGCCUCCAUCGAUCACAUCAAUGCUCCACUAAACUGGGACCAGAGAAAACUCUCUAAGUUUAACUGGCUUUGGCACGAUGCCACAACGUACGAAUUCUACCGUGAUGAAACGUCUUACGAGAACUCUCUCUUAGUGCAACAAAGUGGUAGUCUGGCUCUCAGCUCUCUGACGCACGUAGUUAAGAGUCUGACACCAAACGCUAGAGGCAUCUUCGAACUAUUGGUCAAAUACCAGCUGGAACACAAGAGUGACCAGGGAGGGGUGUAUCUCGGUAUGUCUUUCCACGAUUGUUACCUCAAGUGUCGCGAGAAGUUUUUGGUCAAUAGUGAUAUGACGUUGAGGGCUCAGUUGACAGAAUUCAAAGAUCACAAAUUGGUGCGAUCAAGAAAAGGACAGGACGGAGUUGACUAUCUUUUCAUCCCCAUUGACAGUGGCAUACUCACAGAGUUCUUAGAACAACAAAAAGAUUGAUAUUAUACAUAUAACUAUCGACACUAAUAUUGUCAUUCAAUGAGGUCUAUUAUUUCUUUUUAAUUAAUAAGGUCUAUUAUAUAUUUCUUUUUACAGUUUUAAGACAAUAAUCAUUACGAUUGAUGAAGUCGAUGUAUACACCAACAGUGAAUUAUUAUAAAAAUUUGAUACAGUA